CGUCAUUGGUGGCUGACCACGUUAGCUGACCCGGGCUGACCUGGAAACGAAGGUGGAAAUGACAUGGGAUCAAUCCUAAAAAAAAAAGACCAUGUAAUAAUAAUGUGGGCGGGCUACGGAACUGGUCUGCUGCCUCUGCCUCCUCCUCCUCCUCUACCUCCUCUUCUUCUUCUACUUUGAAAAAUUUCCCACACCAAUGCGUCAAAACGAGCCGAUUCAAUUCCAAUUCUUCUUCUUUUGGCUUGGUCAUUUCUACCCUCCUGCCUUCCCCAUCUCCUCGUCUGCGCAUCGGCAUCUCCAGUAAUGAUAUUACUGCCGGGUUCAACCAUAGCCUUGUUACUACUGCCUUCGAUUCUUUGAUCAUAGAAUAAAAACCUUUCCCAAAUGCCGCCGGCCAAAUCAAAAGCGAACCACGACGACGCCAAGUCGGAGACUGCCAGCGUCAAGGAUCGGAACGGCCACGGAUCCAAUCAUACCCAUUCGAAUGGAAAACUUCGACGUGUUGCCAGUUCCACCGGCUCCCAAUUGCGAGACGUAACAGCCGUUAACGGUGGCUCGUCGACUGCAUCGACUACUACGUCACAACCAAACCACACUCCAGGGCUACAAUGGCCGUCCUUCGAUCGAGAUGUUCUCCACGACUAUCGUCGCAAAUAUCUCCUCCACACCCCAACCGCUUUUGCCAAUCCGUACCACCACUGGGUGCUCUCGCGACCCGGAAUCGGCCUGCGAUCGCCCACCAUGGCACGAAGGCUCGAGUACCGACGCCAGAGCAAAGAGAACCUUACGAAGGCCGUUAGGAAACACUUCAAUGCCCUCGGCGUGCAGGAGACCGACGUUAUUGUCGACUUCGUACACAAGGUCAGGAAUCCGGGCGUCGGGAAGAUUAAGAGGAAUAAAGAGGCGCCGCACUCUUCUCCGUUACCAUGAUGCAUGAUGAUACAUGUCUACUACAUAUAUACCCUCCGGAAGAGCGAGAACAAUUGGCUGCGCUUCUGGAUUAGAGUGCUUCUCUCUGAUUGUUAUACAUACGGCAUCAUAGAUGAUGUCGUUGGGCUCUUGUCGAGUCUUUGCAUAGGUACAACUGGUUUCCUCACUUUUUUUUUCUCCUUUCUUCUUUGCAUUAUCCUGGAGUUUUAGCGCUUGGGUGGGACUUCUUCCAACGAGAGGAACUAGGGCCGAUGACUAUGACGACUGACUGGGUAAACACAUAAUGGGGAUUAACCACUCCAAAGGCUCUAUGGAUAGGGCGUCACAGGUAUAUAAGAGUUUUUGCUACUUUUCAAUUGGGACGAAAUACCAAUUCGGUUUAUGUAUGUAUUAUUGUUAUUAUUACAAUACUUUAGGUACCUAGAUAGAGGUCGUAUGUGGCCACGAAAUAUUUAUUUAUUUACUUACUACGUUUCUUUCUUGUUUUUCUCGUUGUAGAAGAUGUUUAUUAUUAAUUGUUUCCACUUUGUGGGUACUGCUUCUUUUGGUUCCUGAC